AUGGCUGAAACGCACACUCCGUAUUAUUCCUUGAAGAAACUGUUAUCUUUCUUCAACGGUGUUAUGGCUGAUAAGGCCAUUAAGAAGUUCGUCAUUCGGAACAUCGUAGAGGCCGCAGCCGUCAGGGACAUUUCUGAAGCGAGCGUUUUCGACGCCUAUGUGCUUCCCAAGCUGUAUGUGAAACUGCAUUACUGCUGUUUCUCGGUCAUGGUCAUCAUUCUCAUCGUGGAAAUCACUGUCGCCACAGUGGUCCUUGCCUUCUUCCCGAUUGUUAGAGAAGUGGCCUUGGAGCACAACUUUGUGACCCAGAAUUACAGAGGUUACAAACAGCCAGAUUACUAUUCCCUGGAAUGGAAUCUGGUCAUGGAGAAGCUAAAGUGCUGUGGCAUGAAGAACUACACAGAUUUUCCAUCCUUCGGAAGGAUGACUGGCCACACCUACCCCAGGGGCUGCUAUAAAUCCAUCGGGACCGUGGCCUGCAACGGGCACAACGUGUCUGCAGAUGUCACCCACCAGGAGGGCUGUUUCCCUAAGCUCCUGAAAAUAACCAAGACUCAGAGCAUCAACCUGAGUGGGGGCUCUCUGGGGGCAGCAGUGAUACAGUGCCUCAACCAGGGAGACUGGUUCCGCGCCCAUCCCCCAUCAGCCUGCCACUCCCAAGCUGCACCUGUGAAAUGCAAGCGGCCACAGCAGUUACCCAACCCUGCCUUCUCGCCCCUCCAGCCCAACCCCAAAGCAUUCUUUCGAGUGACUCUUCUAUUAGCAGAGAACGUCACUGGACCCUAG